AUGUCAUCCUCAUCGUCAGAUGGCGUAGAUGAAGCUGUUGAAGAAUGGUUCGAUGAAGAAUUUGAUAAUCUCGUCGACUCCCUAGUUAAUGAUCAAGCAAAAAAACCAAAGAGACGGGCUUACUACGAAAGACAUCGGGAAGAAGGACACAAUCAACUAUGGAAUGACUAUUUCAGGGAACAUGCUACAUACCCACCGGAAAUGUUUAGAAGACGUUUUCGAAUGCACAAGCCAUUGUUCCUUCGCAUUGUGGAUGCUUUAAGAAAUGAAGUUCCAUACUUUCAGCAAAGAAGAAAUGCUCACGGAAGGUACGGCCUAUCUACACUACAAAAGUGUACAGCAGCUAUACGUAUGCUAGCAUAUGGUCAAUCAGGAGAUACGUAUGACGAAUAUCUCCGACUAGGUGAAAGUACUGCACUUUUAUGUUUAGACAAUUUCACUAAUGCGAUAAUACAAUUGUUUGGCGAUGAGUAUCUAAGAAAACCUACAGCUGAUGAUCUUCAACGACUACUGGAUAUUGGAGAGUUACGCGGGUUCCCAGGAAUGGUUGGCAGCAUCGACUGUAUGCAUUGGGAGUGGAAAAAUUGCCCAACAGCUUGGAGAGGACAGUACACACGUGGUUCAGGAAAGCCGACAAUUAUCUUAGAGGCGGUGGCAUCACAAGAUCUUUGGAUAUGGCACGCAUUUUUCGGACUUCCAGGUACCCUCAACGAUAUUAAUGUUCUUGAUCGGUCACCGGUUUUGAUGACGUUAUACAAGGUCGAGCUCCUAAAGUCAAUUUCAAAGUCAACAACCACAAUUAUCGUAUGGCGUACUAUCUUAGCGACGGAAUUUAUCCGAAAUGGUCAACAUUUAUCCAAUCAAUCUCACUUCCUCAAACUCCAAAAGCACAGCUAUUUGCUCAACAUCAAGAAGCCGUAA